AUGUGACGGUCAUUCUUUUGUGCUUUCCUAUCCUUACAUAACAUCGAGCCCCAAAGGUUUCUGAGCAGACUUGUGUUAUUUAGCGGAGAGAUAACUGCAAAAAUGCCGGUGGACUUAGGUCAGUGGACCGGAGCUCUUGCUCUGACUGAAGUCGAAGAGAAACCAGCAGAAGUUCUCGUCGUGAAGUAUGGGUCUCUCGAACUAGAUGAACUGGGGAAAGUCUUCACGCCUACUCAGGUCCAAAAUCGACCCACGUCAAUUGAAUGGAAUGGCUGCGAUCCUGGCAAACUAUACACGCUGGCCAUGACCGACCCAGAUGCCCCAAGUAGAAAGGACCCCAAGUUCAGGGAGUGGCAUCAUUUUCUUGUGGUCAACAUGAAAGGGAAUGAUAUUGGAAGCGGAUGUGUUAUGUCUGACUAUGUUGGAUCUGGUCCCCCAAAAGGAACUGGUCUCCAUCGUUAUGUGUGGCUGGUUUAUGAGCAGUCGGGUGAACUCAGCUGCUCAGAGGCCAAGCUGACCAACUGCUGCGGCGAUAACCGCGGCAAAUUCAAGCUCCAGGCCUUCCGCAAGAAGUACGGCCUGGGAGACCCUGUCGCCGGCUCCUGCUACCAGGCCGAAUGGGACGACUAUGUUCCAAAACUGUACGAGCAGCUGGCUGGAAAGUAGACACAAGCAAGAGCCCCUCCAACAAAGAGCACUUCUAACAGACCGCCUCGACACGUGUAUCCCAUGACCUGAAAUAUUCUGCCUCUCUUCUGGGUGUGCCAUUCUUCCAUUAGUCAAGCAUCAGAUUCAUUCAGUUAGGUCACUUCAUUGAAUCAUGAAAAACUUUUGUUUAUUGACAUUUGUUCACUCCAGUAGAUUGUAACUGUUCUGAAAGAACAAUUGAGAACUUCCUUUGGCAAUUGAAUUGCUAGCACUAUAAGGGAUGUAUUAAAAUAACACCAAUACAAUCAAGCUUUGAAACA